GCCGUUUUGCCGAAGUGGCGGUAGCCGGGAAGCCGCUCCAAGGGCCAUCCCGGCGGGAGCGCCCGGCUGUGCCCGCCGCCCGUGUGGGGCCGGGGGCUGCGGGCGUGAGGGGAAAUGCCGGGAGCGCCACGGGGCUGAGCUGCCCUGGGAGCUGCUGUGUCCUGAGGGCGGAAUUAGCGCCGACCGGCGUGGGGAUCGUGGCUGGAAAACAGCGGCGAGCGCCGCGUUCAGCUCGGGCAUUCGGCGGGCUUGGGCUCUUUGGUUUGGGGACGGAAGGCAUGAGGUGUGGUCCUGGAAAACAGCCAGCAAGGAAUCCCUGUGUCUCAUGUGGCAAAAAGUGAAAGUGCAGCUAAUGUUAAGCAUGUCCUUCCUCACCGCUCUUUUUUGGUAUUGUAGAAGGCUGUACGGCUUUUUAGCACAGCUGCUGAAACGGUGGAGCAAUUACCUUCAGAGGCAACUCAUAAGGAAUCUCAGUGUGCUGCCAGAAGUUGAUCUACUUGGUUAUAGUGCAAGAGAAUGGAAAGGAGAAACAAAGCAGGCCAAACAGAUGAGGGAGGCAUAUGAAGAAUUGUUUAGGAGCUGUCAUAUCAAAUACCUGAGACAAGUCAGGAGGGACAACUACAGUGUAGUAAGAGCGGUGCUUUUUCAGAUAUUCAGCCAAGGCAUUCCUUUUCCUUCGUGGAUGAAGGAAAGAGAUAUAUUGAAGCUCCCUGAAAAACUUUUGUAUUCUCAAGGUUGUAACUGGAUUCAGCAAUAUAGCUUUGGGCCAGAAAGAUACACGGGUCCCAAUGCCUUUGGGAAGCUGCGCAAAUGUAUGGAGGCCUUAAAGACAAAUUGGGCUGAAAUGAGUGCUACAAGAGAUCAUGAAGAAAGAGGAAGCAUGUGUAAUACACUGUUUUCUGAUGAAAGCAAGGAAUACAAACUAUAUGAGGCCAUAAAAUUCAUCAUGCUCUAUGAAGUUGUUGAAGCCUAUGAGCAGAUAAAGAGCAGGAACAAACCCGUACACAACCUUUUUAGCCUUCUCUUUGCUCGUGACUCUUCAUCUGACCCUCUGAGUUUCAUGAUGAAUCAUCUGAACUCCAUAGGUGACUCUAUUUGCUUAGACCAGGUUGACCUGCUUCUUCUUGGAUACUUACUUGAAGUAAAGAUACGAGUUUACAGACUGCAUAGGUUUAAUACUGAGGAAUUUCAAGUAAAUUAUCCAGAUGAAUACCGAAGGGAAUGGAAUGAGAUUUCUCUCCUGACUGAGGAUGACCACUACUAUCACAUCCCCCUUUUCAGAACGUGAAGGACCAGUGACUUUUUUCUUUCCUUUGUAUAGUGUAGUGAAUGACCAGUUCCAGUGAAUUAGGUUUCUAAUCAGCAGCAGUAAAAUCUUAAGAAUGCUUAUUAAUGAUUACAAAAUGGUUUAUGGGUUUGUUGUGUAAACAUUUUGCUUUCCUGUUGCAGCUCAGUUCACUGUCAGCCAUAAAAACCAUAAAAUAUAUUGCUAUACACUCUGGGUCAAAAAAAUGUGAAGUUUGAGAGUUGUCAGACAAAAAAAAUUGGACUGCCUGACAGCAAAGGCAAAGGUUAUGCUGAGUUUUCUGUUGCUAGCCUAAGGGUUUACUCUGACAUCCGUGGAUGGGUUAAACUCAAGUGCCUAAAGCAAUGACUGCCUUUCCCUACUCCUGUCUGUCUCUAGCUGGGAAGGAUGACUCACAGAGGAAGGAAAUCCCAGGGUCCCACAGUUUAUAUUCCAUGCUAUUUAACUUGCAUUGACAUGGGAUGAGAGGAUAUAAACUGGGGCCUCUGCAUGGCUGCUUGAAAUCCACUUGGCUUCCCUUGUUGCUGGAGUACCUCCCUCCAGGGAUGGGCAGGGCAAGCAGCAGCAGGUUGCACUUAACUUCAGACAUGGGAAAUGGAGCUGUCUGCACCCAGUGGUGCUCCCUGAAGGUGAAGAGCUGUGGCACAGGGGGAGAAAAUCAGCACAAAAGAAUACUGUGCCAGAUGAAUGGAAGAUCUCCUGUGUGGGUAAAGCACAUCGCUUUCUCCAAGGUAAAAAGGGCAGCGUUAAUAGAUAACACCCAACAGAGUCACAGCCAGUGGCUGCAUAUGGCUUUUGUCAACUUGUAAAUCCUUUAAGGGCUGAUUUCAACAUUACCUGCCAAGAUUUCCUUUGCAGUUCAUCUGAGAAAGCUGUGCAUGGAAUACAGGCCAAAAUACUGCAUUUUCAAAAAAUUUUUUAUGCAUUAUGUGAAUUCAGCAGUGUUGCAUAUAUGUUUUAUCCUCUGAUUAUGUAUUAAUCUUAUUGCCUAAGAUUGCUAUCUUUAAUUUAGAUCCAUGUGUUUGAAGGAGUCUGUCCAGGACAAGUAAAUGAGAUUUAUCUUCUUACAUGGAACAUUUUGCUCAGUUCUAUUUUCUAAAAGAAUCAAUAUGUGUUUUGAUUACUUCAAAAUAAGGGACUUUAACUUGAAGUAUUAAGUCUUGCAAAAUAUUUGUGGAAAGCUUACAAUGCCACAGGCUAAUUGUUGUAUUGAAGAGGAUGUGAUUUAUUAAGGAACAAAGCCGCUUCUUUCCUUAUCCCAGAGGUAUGGGGACAGGCAGGUUUGUUUUAUUAAACCUGCAGGAUAAAAUGCAAGCCAGUAGCAAAAAUGGGAACAGGGCCUGCAGGAGCUAAAGCAGUUGCAUGAGGUAUCUUCAUGGUAAUGCUUGGAGUCAGUGGAGCGUGCUCAGUUCCUUUGUGUAAAGAAAAGCUAUUUUAUCCCUUAUGCUCCUUUUAUUUGUGUGUAUAUGUAUAUAAAUAUAUAUAUAUAUUUAUAAAUACAAACACCUGAGUUCUGUAUUGUAGCUGUUUGGUUUCCUGAAAGUUCGAGUUCAGUUUUGGUGAAUGAUUUGUAGAUUUUAAGAAGGCUUGAUAGCUGUAAUAAUAUCAUCUCAUCAAAAGCUGCAUAGCAAGUACAUUUAUUUAUUAAAAGAAAGUUUUUUCAUGGAAUGAAAUAAUUUUCUUAUUUUAGAUUUGGUUCUGCUCUGCAUGAGGAAAAGUUAUAAUACCUAAGUGUAUUUUGCAUCAACAGUAACAUUUACAGUUAUCAAUAAACUUGUCUAUAUUUUAUUCUUGUUUUGGUACAAACAGACAUACCAUAAAUAAGUAUGUAUUUUGUAGUGGGCUUUUUAAUGAUUUGCGUAUUAUUUGUGUUUAGGAAUAUAAAAGCGUUCCAGCUGAAAGUGAUAAAUUGUGAAAAUGUAAAUUUUUGUGAUCUUGAGCAUAUUAAUAGCAGGGAAAAAUCUAAAACAGACAGUGGAAUUUACCUCACCAGUUUAGAUGUUUGCAUCUGGACCAGGUCACCUGAGCCAGGGCUCUCUGCCUUAUCAGUGCAAGGCAGUGGCACAGGGACAGCCAGAGGGGUGGGUCUCUAGAAGGGACUGGUUCUCUUCACUGACUGUAGUGGGAGCUGGCAGUGAUCAGUAUAAAUCUCUCUGUCCUAGAUAUUUCAAGUUAGGUGAGAUUAAUGUUGUCCCAAGAAUCUGGAAAGGACAUACAGAAACAGAUCUGCUGGCUUAUCGGGUGUCAGAGGUGCCAGCCAAAUCAUGCCAGGAACAGAAAUGGGAGGUGAGAAUAGAGGAGCUUCAGGUGAGGAUAAUCACAACUCUUAGAGAUAAAUGCAGAGUGGCUGAUAAGAAACACUGAGACAGGUUUGGGGCUGCACUGAGUUUUAACCAGAUUCUCUGGUAAUAUAUUUUAGAUAUGUAUAAAGCAAAGUUAAAUAUCUGUUUACAUAUAAUAAAUUCAUGAGUGUGUGUGUAUAUAUAUAUAUAUGCAUGUGGGGAUGUGUGUAUAUAAGAAAAAUCCAUAAAAAAGAAAGUCAUCCUCAAUAAAGUGCAUCUGAAACAA